GGGGAGAGAGAAAAAAUCUUAAUUAAGGAGGGUUUUAGUCACUUUUAAAUGGCCGUUUGCAUUUGGGAGGGAAUUGGGGGAUUUUGGUUUUUUGAAUAGUUCAAAUUAGGGUUUGCAUUUUCAAAGAAUGGCUACGGAAUCUUCAGAGUCAGAAGAAGAAGGGAAGAUUACAGGAGGAAAUCAGCACCUAAUCGUCGAAGAUGACCUGAGAGAAAUGGGAAAAAAAGCAGCUUGGAGUGUCAGCUCGUGUAAAACUGGCAAUGGCGUCUCUUCUCUCCGUGACGACAAUCUUGAAACCUAUUGGCAAUCUGAUGGAGCCCAGCCUCAUUUAGUUAACAUUCAGUUCCAGAAGAAGGUUAAGUUGCAACUUGUUGUACUUUAUGUGGAUUUCAAGCUUGAUGAGAGCUACACACCAAGUAAGAUCUGCAUUCGAGCCGGUGAUGGCUUUCAUAAUUUGAAGGAGAUUAAAACUGUGGAACUUGUCAAGCCAACUGGUUGGGUUUAUCUUUCAUUAUCCGGAAAUGAUCCUCGCGAAACUUUUGUCAAUACAUUUAUGCUGCAAAUUGCAGUUUUGUCAAAUCACCUUAAUGGGAGGGAUACUCAUGUGCGCCAGAUCAAAGUUUAUGGGCCUCAACUGAAUCCUAUUCCACACCAACCAUUCCAAUUUACCUCGAGGGAAUUCAUUACAUACUCCACUGUGAGAUAAUAAAUGUGACCUAAUAGCUGGCUUGGGGUUGAAAAGGACAUGGAAUAUCAAAUGUGGAAUCGUGUCUCAGAUUGAAGAGAACUAAGAAUGUCACUGAAAGCAACCAUAUAUUUUUUUAGAACUCAGAGGAGCUUCUCAUAACAAUUUAAAUCUAUAACAUGAUGAUGGUUUUGUAUCAAUCAACAUUUAUAGGAAGAAAAAGAGUUGAUGUCGUCUGUAUUCACUCCCUUAUGCUCGUGCUGAGCAGAUGGUUUAAACUAGCUUGGAUAGUAUCCCAUUUUAGGUUCUUUUUUGGAUCUUUUCUUUUUUCUAAUUCCUUUGCUCAUUGUGACAUUCUAUUAUUUGAGGAAAGGCGACAGAUAUUCGGAUAA